AAUGGUCAUCCAAUGUCUAUAAAGUUAUCAAGCCAAUACAUGCACCUUUACAGUCAGUAGUGCUUCCAGAAGGUAUAGAAGAUAAGAACCACAAAAACAUCGACAAAAUAGAAAUUCCACAAUUAGAUAGUGAUACUAGCAAUAAAUCUGAUUCCAAUGGAGAUGAUAUAGACCAUUCAAGUAAACAACCUAAUAACAAAACAAACGAAGAAUUAGAUUUAACGAAGUAA